ACGAGUCCGUGAGUUCACAAGUCCAGAGAAGGAGGAGUGUCGAGAAACGGCCUGAGUGUUUGUGUCUCCAGAGGAAACAUUUCAUCUCCUGCAGGAACAAUGACUCCAGUUGAGGCUUUGAGAGAGUUUAUUCAGCAGCGACUCACUGCUGCUGCUGGAGAAAUCUUCACCGCGUUUCAACAAACUCUCCUCCACUACGAGAAGGAGAUGAAUGUUCAGGACAGACUGCUGGAAAUCACAGGAGAACUUCCAGUCCCGUUCUCCAGAGCAGAGAGUCCACAGCAACACAUUAGUAACCAGAAGACCAGUUCCAGUGGUGAGCAGGAGGAACAUGAAGCUCCACACAUUAAAGAGGAGGAGGAUCUUGUUGAGAUGAGCGUUACUGAUGGUGGAAGUGAGGAUUCCCACCACUCUGUGAGAGACUCCACCACCCGGAGACUCACUGCUGCUGCUGUGGAAAUCUUCAACCUGUUUCAACAAACUAUUGUCCAGUACCAGGAGAAGAUUGAUCGCCGACACAGACUGCUGGACGUCAUCUUCCAGCCUGAAAUCAAGUUACACAGAAUCGAGCUCCAACAGCACCGUGACUGUAGAGAGGAGCAGGAAACAAACUACUGUCUAGAAAAGGAGGAAGCAGAACCUUUAGAGAUCAAAGAGGAACCAGAAGAACCAGAACCUCCACAGAUCAAAGAGGAACCAGAAGAUCCAGGACCUCCACUGAUAAAACAAGAACCAGAAGAACCAGGACUUCUACAGUCUCCAGAGGACCAGGAGGAACCAGGGCCUCCAGAGAUUGAGGAGCGCGAGGAUCUCGGUAGCAGCCAGACUGGAGCGCUUCCUGUUGUGAUGUUUGAAAGUGAAACCUUGAAGGUUCCUUCUGUUGAGGAGCAGAGUGGCCUGAGUGAACCAGAAGAAGAACCAGACACUGAGCAGCUCCUCUCUCAGGACUCUGAAGUCCACCAUGAGAACAAACUGACUGACUGUCCAGUUUCAGAGAAGCAGGCUGAAUGUGAGGAAACAUGUGGUGAACCUGUCCGUAAAAAACCAAAACUAUGUCAGAAGGUGACAACGGUCACUGAUAAGAAGAAAACUUGUGACACAUGUGGAAAAAGCUUCAGUCAACAGAGUCAUUUGUUGGUCCAUAUGAGGAUCCACACAGGUGAGAAGCCGUAUUCUUGUGAAACAUGUGGGAAAAGUUUCAGUCGACAGAGCAUUUUGUUGAAGCACAUGAGAACUCACACAGGUGAGAAGCCUUAUUCUUGUGACACGUGUGGAAAAAGCUUCUGUGAGAAGAGUAAUCUGUUGCGCCAUAUGAGGUUUCACACAAAUGAGAAGCCGUAUUCUUGUGAAACAUGUGGGAAAAGUUUCAUUUUGCGGUGUACUUUGUUGCGCCACAUGAGAGUUCACACAGGUGAGAAACCUUAUUCUUGUGACACAUGUGGAAAAAGCUUCAGUGAGAAGAGUAAUUUGUUGAGCCACAUGAGAACUCACACAGGUGAGAAGCCACAUUCUUGUGGAACAUGUGGAAAAAGUUUCGGUCAACAGAGUAAUUUGUUGUGCCACACAAGGAUUCACACAGCUGAGAAGCCGUACUCUUGUGAAACAUGUGGAAAAAGCUUCAGUGAGAAGAGUAAUUUGUUGAGCCACAUGAGAACUCACACAGGUGGGAAGCCAUAUUCUUGUGAAACAUGUGGAAAAAGUUUCAGUCAACAGAGUCAUUUGUUGUGCCACACAAGGAUUCACACAGGUGAGAAGCCAUAUUCUUGCGGAACAUGUGGAAAAAGUUUCAGUCAACAGAGUCAUUUGUUAGGCCACACAAGGAUUCACACAGGUGAGAAGCCGUAUUCCUGUGAAACAUGUGGAAAAAGUUUCAGAAAUCAGAGUCCUUUGUUGGUCCACAUGAGGACUCACACAGGUGAGAAGCCGUAUUUUUGUGAAACAUGUGGGAAGAGAUUUCCUCAUCGUAGUUCACUGCUGCACCACCUUAAACGUCACAAAUAGAUGAAGCCAUGAAGGACUCUCUUGUAGAGCUCAUUCUGGAAGUUCAACUUGAUCCCCGAACCACAAGAGAGCAUCCAGUUUAAAGGAAAUGUUCCACAUUCAAACGCUGUUGAGACCAGAUCCACCUUCAGGAAU